ACAAAUAAAGAAUAAUCAACACGCCCCCGUUCACUUGGUACAAGACGUAUCCUCUAGUGCGAUUUUAAGCAAUUAGUACUGCAUUUGGGCGAGGAGCUUUGCUGGAGGUAGUCGACCUAGACACCGUGUGUGAUCACAAUUCAAAGUCGGAAUGCUGAGUACACGUUAUUGAGAUCUUCACUAUAAGAACGGUUAAAGUAGAGUAGGAGAACGGUCCUUGUAGAGGAGGGGAAGGACACCGAAGAAAGGAAGACUUUAAUGGUGACUGCUCGAGGAUCAUACUAAAAUUUUAAGAUGUACUUGUGUAUCUUGGUUGCCUGUUGCUUAGUCGUGACACCAAUCACACAUAGUGCACUUCCUCCGGCACCACCAAUACAAAAAGAGUUCCUUGACCAUAUACCAGUACGUAAUGAAUCAGAAAAGGAUGGUAUGGGUGCCAUAUUGGAAGACAAUGCCAUAAUAAACGCAGCAAUAGCACAAGGUCUAGAGGAACCGUUCUUAGUUGAGGGAGAUAUUUAUGUACCGCCAAUUAAAGGAAGGGCACGACGAAAUGCAGUUGCAGAACAGAAGAAACUUUGGCCCGGUGCUGUUGUACCUUAUGUCCUUAAUUCACAAAAAUUUACUUUAGAUGAAAGGAAACUUAUAUUGGCUGCAAUGGAUAGGUACCAUGAGAAAACAUGUAUUCAAUUUAGGCCUAGAACCAAUGAAAAAGAUUACAUUCUUAUAUCAAGAAAAAUAGGGUGCUGGUCUCAGAUCGGCCGUCAAGGUGGCGUUCAAUACAUAUCACUCGGCCUAGCCUGUCAUAUGAAAGGAGGAACAAUCAUCCACGAAUUAAUGCAUUCUUUGGGGUUCCGACAUGAACACUCCAGACCGGACAGGGAUGGUUAUGUUAAUAUCUACUGGGAAAACGUUGUUGAAUCCCAAAGAAGCAACUUCCAUAAGUACAGCGCCGAUGCGGUUAAUUUGGUAGGCACCCCAUAUGAUUACUCAUCGAUCAUGCACUAUCCAUUGCACGCCUUUUCUAAAAACGGCAAGGUCACAAUCGGGCCCCGUUAUCCCCAUAAUGAAGACAUCGGAUGGGUGACUGAUUUUAGUGAUACGGACAUCUACCGGCUCAAUAACUUGUACAAAUGCGGAGAAUGUUUCGACUCUGACCAGCAGCAAUGCCCAGCCUGGGCGAUGCAGGGUGAAUGUAAGCGUAAUAGACACUGGAUGAGAACGUUUUGCCCGUUUAGUUGUGAUACUUGCCCUUACUCUCAUGACACAGACAGUGUUUGCAAGGAUAUCUCACCAUCCUGUCGAGCGUGGGUCACCAACGGGGAGUGCGACAAGAACAGAGCCUAUAUGCACGAGAACUGUAAGCGGAGCUGUGGGCUCUGUAUCAAUCCAGAGGGAGUUCGCUUUGGAGAUUGCCAUGACAACAAUACGCUAUGUGCUGAUUGGGCAGUUUUGGGCGAGUGUUCGCGCAGUCCUGCUUACAUGCACGUUAACUGUCGCAAGAGCUGUCGUAGGUGUAAUAGGCAUCUUCAAACGUUAUCGAUGAAUGAAUGUAGGGAUUAUCAUCCAAAUUGUCAACGAUGGGCAAAAAGUGGUGAAUGCAGUAUAAAUAGAUGGAUAUACGGGUAUUGUAAACUGAGUUGUAAGCAGUGUACAGUAGACAAAAACAAGAACCCUUUUGCACUGCCUAGUGAUAAUAAAAAGAAGUCAAAAAAUGAGAUUGGAAACCUACUGUCCAAAUACCACAAGGACGAUCAAACUGCAGCCAAAACACAAGUCAUCAAUGCAAAAGGCUGUAAAGACAAAAACAAGAAAUGUGCAACUUGGGCUAAACAAGGUGAAUGCAAAGACAAUCAAGGCUGGAUGCACAACAACUGUCCUGUUAGCUGCGACACCUGUGGAAAACCUGAUCCAACAGUUGCUUGUGAAGACGCUCACAGUCGAUGUCCGGAAUGGGCCAAGGAUGGUAAUUGUGUCAUAAACAAAGAGUAUAUGAAGAAGACAUGUGCUGCAAGUUGCCUGGUAUGCAAAGAAGAUGCUUUCCCAUUAGAGUGCAACGAUCGUCAUCAAUACUGCAGACAAUGGGCAGAGAGUGGUUACUGCGAGAGUACUAUGGGAUGGAUGCGCAUGCAUUGCCCCGUCAGCUGCAAUGCUUGUGUGGUGGCGGGAACUAACAUUAGGUGUAGUGAUGGAGAUAGUCGGUGUCCAGAAUGGGCGUUGAAGGGCGAGUGUAGAACCAACACGGACUGGAUGAUUCGUAAAUGCAAACUAAGCUGCAAGCAAUGCGUUACCGACAACUACGAUGUGAAACCACCUCAGACAUCACCCACGCCACAAGCACCUGACUGUAAGGAUACAACCAAGAAAUGUGUUGGCUGGGCAAAGAACGGCGACUGCGAGAAGAACCCUAAAUGGAUGAAGCCAAACUGCCCUCUCAGUUGUAAUAGUUGUGAGAUUGUAUCCACCCUUGUAGCAGGUUGCCGUGAUGUCCAGAGGAAGUGCCCGAUGUGGGCUGAGAAUGGUGACUGCCAAACCAACCCUAAUUUCAUGUUCCCUAACUGUCCACUAAGCUGCAAUAGCUGCAAUGAUACCAGUUAUGAUCCUGGAUGCAUUGACAAAACCAGACGUUGUAAAAACCUAGCUGACAGGGGCGAUUGCGAAACAAACAAAAAGUGGAUGAAUAAGAAUUGUGCACUCACAUGUAACACAUGUGCACAAAUUGAUAAAAAGGUGGCGAAACCAACUAAUAAAUCCAGAAAGGCUAGAAAUGUGGAAGAAUGUAACGAUAGUUUUGCAAAUUGUCCGAGCUGGGCUAAGGAUGGAGGAUGCUUAUCACAGCCAGAUUGGAUGGGAAGAAAUUGCAGGCUAAGUUGCAAAACAUGUAGAGUUAAAUUCAACCAGACAGAAAUAGAGUGUGUUGAUGGUGCAAAAGAAUGCCAAUUUUGGGCUCUGAAAGGGCGGUGUUCAAUUGAUAUAAAAGAAAUUCCCUAUCAGUGUCCGAGAAGUUGUCAACUGUGUUCAAAUCCUAAAGAUAAUGAGUGUAAAAAUUACAGCAAGCGGUGCAAAGUGUGGGCCAAGACAAACUGGUGCAAGAAAAACCCUGCAUUCAUGAGCAGGUUUUGUGGACACAGCUGUAGAACAUGCAAAAAAGUUAAACGAAUUAGAAAGAAAUCGACCAGAAAAGACUAACUACAAUAUUCCAUCAAACUUUCAUUGUAACCUCAGUGAGCUCCAACAAUAUGUUUUUUUGUAAAAACGUAUGAAUUCCAUUUCAGUUGAGUUCAUAUGGGGUUUCUCCCUCUUGCUAACUUUUUCAUAUUCAAACAAACACUAUUUAAAAAAUAAACUUAGUAAAUUUAAUAUAGUCCAAAGUAAAACUGAAACAAGAAAAAAUCUUUAAUCACUAAAAUAUGAUUUGCUAUUUAAAUGUAAAAAAGCAUUUCAUUCCAAUUGAACAUCUAAUAAACUUAUUUGAAGUUUGAAAACUUGUUUGGACACUAUGACUAUGUACAAACAAAGGCUGGGCUUAUAAAUAUAUAAACAUGGUUAUCUUUCAGACUAAAAAAGACUUUGUGUCUGACAUAUCUGCCGACAUAUCUGAUAAAACAAAUUCUGUCUUUCCAUGUUUGUUAGAAAUCAAUCAAUGCUCUAAAUCACUAAGUUUGACUAAACACUGUAUCCACAUAUUGAUCAAUAACAUUUUAUAUUAAUUUUAUUUUCAAAAUAGGAUGCCUUUAUAGCAGAACAAUUUUGCUAAAUGAAAAUACAAUUAUAUUGUUUCGCCCUCUGAAAAUCUUUCAAAAAUAGUGUUCACUAAAACAAGGUAUUAAGAAAGGUCUUGCCACAAGUCUGAUAGAGAGAAAUCUGCAUGGCUGGCUAUUUUUCUUGCCAUGGAGACUUGGGGAAGAGGCUAUUUUACAUAUUUUGAGUGUCAUGUGAUAUCUAACGACUGGGUUUGUGGUUUUGGGAAUGGAAGCAAACAGGUGCGUGCCACACAAGUCUAUUACCAUGGUCGUCUGGAGGUUACAGCUUCUUUCCUAUGAGCCUUAUUUUAUGGAAUGCCAGAAUACAUUGGGAAUCAUAUUUUUAUUUCAGCAUUUCUUAUCUAUUUUUCCACUGGAUAUGUUUCUCCAUUUGAGCAAUGAAUCAUAGUUUCAGGGUCAAAAGAAAGCUAUGAAAAUCAAGAUUAAAACUUCCAAAAAUGACUAAAUGGUCAAUAUAGGAAGAAAAAUGUUUUAGUUUUACUUUAAUGAUUGAAUUUAACCAUGAAAAAAGUCAUUAAGGAAAACAAUUUUCACUUAAUUAUUUAUCACACACGUUUACGAAUAUUUUUUAAAUGCACAAGCAUAUAUUUAAACUAUUAAUACCUUUUAAAGUUACCCACAUAAUAUUUAAAUGUAUUCGAAAAAACAAAUGUUCAAUUAGAAUUAUUAAAUAUUUUUAAAAAUUAAAAAAAAUGAGUGAAAGGCUGUUCAGUUCCUUUUGUGGUGCGAGUUUAUGUUUAUAAUCAAAUAUAAUUUAAAACAGCAAAUACAGUGCAGCCUCCAAAUCGAGACUCCUCUAAUUCCGAGACCCCUCUAAUUCAAGAUCACUUUUCCAAAGACCCAAAUAACAAUCUUCAUCUUUUGAAACAAAGCUAACCCUCUAAUUGGAGGCUGAACCCUGAGACCACACCAAAUUUUCAGGUCCCAAAGGAGGUCUUGAAUUAGAGGGAAACUGUAGUGUUAUACUUGAGAGAGCAAUAAUAACUUCGUCUAGAGAUGAUUUGUAAGUUAUUAUACAUGUAGAGGUUGAAACAGAUUUUUCGCCACACAGCUGGCUGUGUCAAACUUGCUGCAAUAAAGACAAAUGUCGCCCUCUGGUGAAAAGGCUGAAAACUACCAUUGUGAAUUGAAAACAUUUAACAGUAAAACAUUUUGUAAAAAAAAAACCAUUUCAUAUGUUAUCACCUUUUAAAACUUUGUAAAUUGUAAGUGUUUAACUGUAACAUAAUAAAUUGUCAUCAGUAGUGUUGCUUAUCAAACAAUUCAUAAUACUGUAAUAGUUUAUAUAAUUUAUUUCAAUUUUGUUUAAUAUUUAUGUAUAUUCUAAUUGUGUAUUUUUGGAAUUUAAUUUGUACAUUUUUUUAUUAUCUGUAUAAUUCUCGAAACUCUUAAUGUGCUUUAAAUGUUUAUCUAUGUUGCCCAGUGAUA